CGCCGUUGAGAAAAACACUCGGCUGUGUAGUUUGUCUGUCUUUAGUUAUUGUGGAAAAAAAUUGAAAUGGCCUGCCGCAAAGUUGUGUCGAAUUUGUCGAUUUUGUCAAAGAACGGCAAGAAUUUGAUUGCACCCUUGGCCACCAGUCCAGUGCGUUCAUAUUCUUCACGCAACGAUUUGGAAAAAGUCACCCACACUGGUCAAGUCUUUGACGAAAAGGAUUAUCGCAAUGUCCGUUUCAACAAUGCCAAACGUUAUGUCAACGAAAAUUGGGGUAUUAAGUUAGUCGAUGAGAUUCCUCCCAAAGAAUGCACAGAACGUGUGGUAUACUGCGAUGGAGGAGAUGGCCCAUUGGGACAUCCUAAGGUUUACAUUAAUUUGGACAAACCUGGUGCACACACAUGUGGCUAUUGCGGUCUGAGAUUUGUCAAGAAAGAUGGUCAUCAUUAAAACAAAUUUAGAAAAAUAAUAUUGCAAUUAAAUUUAAAAAUAUCAAUUUUGUUGAAUAUAUAUUACAAAAUAAAAUGAUUGAAAAUCGUUAACACCAAAA